AUCCUUUACCAGAGGGUAUAAAAUGACCACCAGCCCUUUGUUCAAAUGGGAGAUUCAUAUUGGCUGGGGAACUCUCCACAGGCAGACCAUGGUGCCUGUUCAGAUGCUGUCUUUUUUAUAUAAUAAAUUAUAUCAUAAAAGCAACAGUGUCAACGGACGUUUUCUUUAGCAUCUGCACAUCUUUAAAGUCUAAGGGAAACUACGACAAUUAGUGGCGACGAGGAUGGGAUCUGUUUGUGGGACACCGCUUCACCGACAGCUCCAGCACACUCUUCCACCGCCUCGAGAAGGAGAAGAAGAGAGAGAAGAGAAAAAGGACUGGUCAGAGAGACAGAUUUUGACAGCCGGCAUGCGCCCAGUAGAGCCGCCAGAAGAACAUUAUAUGAACGGACCACUUUCACUACAGAAGAAGAGGACAGACGACAGGAGGAACAACACAUCCAGCAGGCAUUCACAUGCUGCCAGUACCUCAAGUAGGCCAUCAAUAAAGGAAUACGACAGGGCUUCUGAUACCGAACUCAAGCGCCAGCAGAAGAUGCUAACCAAAAAGGUGGAACUCCUCAACAUGCUAAAGGAAGAGAGAAGCUACGCGACUGUAGGCCGACAUUAUGGAAUCAAUGAGUCUUCAGUUCACUACAUAAAGAAGGAUGAAAAGAAUGUAAGGAUGAUGGCUGCAAUGUCUUUUAACAAGACUGCAAAGAGGGUGAUAACUUCCUGCAAUAAGGCCGUUGUGAGGAUGGAGUCUGCACUAGCCCUGUGGAUAAGUCACUGCAGGAAGAAAAAUAUCCCGCUGGAUACCAUCAACAUCCGCACGAAGGCUAAGAUGCUGAUAGUAUGUGUUUUUCUGGGAUACGUGCUUUCCAUAUAUUUUCUUUAGCUAAAGAAUGUUAAACAGAAUGAAACCAUAUGUUGAAACGUUUACUUUAGCUAUCAUCCAUCACAGGUUGACCUGUGGGUUAACCUAAAGGGACUAGGGACCUCCUGGCUCCCUCUUUCUCUCUUUCUUCUUCUCACGCGAUGUAUCUUAAUGUAUGCCAGAUGUUGAAACCUAUAAAGAUCUAGUCAUUGUAACUCUCUUCAUUCAUUCACCGCAUGAUGCUUGAAUCACGAGCUCGUCCGUAUUAAAUGUACUCUUAAUUUGG